GAAUGCAAGACCUAUGGCCGCACAUAGGGGCUUUUCCCAAGCUCAAGCACCUCACCUGGUGCCAUACAGGUCGAGGUCGGCCAAGUUCGCUGUGCAUGGCUUGCUUGGAACAACAUGCAAGUUUUGCUCGUCACCGGGAUCCCAAGGUACUGCUCUACGAUACCGACCAAAAUGAGCAUUCACAGCCACUCCUCAUUUGUUCCGACCAGAUUCGAGCCUUGCUCCUUUGGGGCGGAGAUCCCCUGACCCGGAGCAGGCAAAACAUGCAUCCGGAAGCGAGUCUGCAAAAUUGCUUGAUUCCAUUACGUCAGGGGCUUGCCCAAGACGGACACCUUUGAGAGCAAAGAUGUUCCGUUCCCAUUUCUGACCCUUUUCAACUUGCUACGUGAGGAGUCACACGAAGAGUCGCUGGAGUCUCAGACGUGGCACAAGACAUGGAGGCAGACUCUACACUUUGUUGGGAUUCAUCGGACCGGAUGGCGUGGAGCAGACAACUGGAGCGGUUUCAAAAGUUGGCGAGUGAGAUUUGCGAUGUGCUUCAAGCCUUGCAGUACACCUCCUUGGAGCCCACAGGUGAUUUGUCGAGAGCUCAAAAGGUCCGACGAAAUGGCUAUGGCGAGAUUGCAGACCUGGAAGAGUUGCACCACGCGCUGCGGCUGGAACUCGACAAGGCCCUCACCAGCCAAGUGUCGCCUUCAUUUGCGAACGCCUGGGGAGCUUCAGAUCAUGACCAAAGCGACUUGGAGCCCAGCAAUGUGAUCAGCGACGAGUACAUCAAUCACAUCUUCACCUUGGGCCGUCUAUUUGAAUUGUCUGCCGGCGCUGGACGGAACAAAGUUUGGGGUCGUCAAGGUGGCAAGGUGAUGGUCUUGGCGCCCAACAUCCCUGCGGCCUUGUGCGUGAUCCGAGGAACCGCCCACCUCUUUGGCCUGAGCUUCGAAAUGCCAACAGGGCGACCACCCUCUGAGGGCACGGACUCAGGUGCCAUACAAACUCCUAUGCACUUGUCAGAUGGUGAGGCGGUGCCCAGCGGGGAUGCUUUCCGCGACUGGAUCAAGGAGAGGCUCUUGGCAGCGGUGACGGAGCUUUCGGCCGGGGUGGUGCUUUGUUUACCACCGGAGGUGCUGAACCAGCAGGAAAACCUUGCGGUCCUCCAUGAAGCCUUCUCGGAGGAGGGGCCGCCUUCAAGCUGGUACUCCGAGCGGGAGGUGAAAGAGUGCAAGGACGCUGUAGCCGCCAUGCCGAUUGAAGGUCGGCUGUUAGCCCACCUGGCACUGGAGGACGAGGAUGGAGAGAGCCCAGCUACUUUGGAGGUCUUUUGGGCUGAGGCAUUGGGCAGAGCCCACUUCCUCCUUCUGCUGUCUAAUGAGGUUCCAGAAGCAGUGGACAGCAGGAUCUCCAGUUUAUACACCAGUGUUUCCACGUUGGAUUCUUGGUGCCCGCAGCUCUUGCAAAUGGCGGUCAUGCAGAUGCAGCCUUCCGUUGAUGCGCACACUUCCACCGUGAAGGUUCAGCUGUUUUCGCCCAUGGACCUGGAGAGCUCGCAAUCGGCUGCGCCCGUGAAGGCGGACCAGGACCCGGUGGUCUUGGUAGGAGAGGCAGCGAAUGAGCCACCAGGGGGGAUGGCUCCUCGUGUCCCUCGUUCUACACACGCUCCGAUGAACGUGCUGGACCCCACACUUAUAAACCCACAGAGUUCUGCCUGGGAUGGAGAGGCGCUGUACGCGGCGCUGCAUCCACAGCGCGGUUUGGGCGAUGUGGGAGAUAUGCUCACUCUGGCGCAAGGCUUACGUUGCUUCAAGGGGCAAGACAUCGCGAUGCUCAAGGACACUCAAAGCUUACUCUUCCACUUGCAUGAGAGCGCAGCCUUGACUGGCUCGGCAGAGCUCCGAGGCCGAUUGCUCGAAAUCACCCGCACAUUCAACGAGGCCCAGAGCGCUUAUGAAGAAAAGAAAGUAGAGCUUGAAGCGAGCCAAAGGGAGCUGACCAGCCUUUUCAACGAGGUGGUGAAUCGAUGCACGCAACAGGCUUCCGCUGUGGAGGCUGCAGAGGAUUUGAUCAUCAGAUCGAAACAAGAGGUGGAAAGUGGCCGCGUGCAAUUAUUGAACUUCACUAAGCAGGAUGGAGUGGAAUUGCGAAAGGUCAUGAACCAACAGCUCGCCAACGAAGAGCAUACACCAACCUUGGCGUUGAUGGAGCUUUGCUGCAUGAUGAUGCGUGUGUCAUCCACACCCACACGUGACGAGAUUCGGAACACAUUGUCGGAACCGGACUUCGCCACGAAGUUGGAACCGUUUUGCGCCGUGGAUGAUGCCGAAAGUUUCCCCGAGGCGUUUGUUGAGCCGAUGAAAGAAGCAGUUGCAGCCGCAGAAGGAAUGGAUGCCAUGGAUGUCAAGGCCCUCACAGUGCUGGCCAGCGUGGCAUUGGCUGCCUACCGAUACACGACGACCGUGUUGAAGCUCCCGGACCUGAAAGCGGAGCUCAUCGAUUUAGAAGAACAGCGUGAACGUCGGCAGCCAGAGAUCGAGGCCUUGCAAGAGCAGACUCAGAUCCUUUCAGGCGAGGCAAAGCUGCUGGAGGCCGGCGACGAAAGCAAGCCCGAGGACAGCAAACCAGAGGACAAGCCCGAGGACAAGCCGGACGACAAGCCGGAGGACAAGGAAGAAGUUCGGGUGAACAAGACCUUCAGCAGAAGUGGCGAGAGUGAGUACAAUGUACACUAUGCAAAGCAUCAUCAAGAUCCAGGAGACUUCUGGGAUGCGCCGCUGACGUCAACGGGUGAAGAGCAAGCUGCGAGCUUGAAGCAAAAGCUCUUGCCCGAAAAGGUGGACUUGGUGGUGAGCUCGCCCUUGACGCGUGCCAUUGAGACAGCCUUAAGAGCAUCACCCACAGGCCCUCAUUUGGCAACACCCUUGGCCAGUGAGCACAUGGAAGCCUCCUGUGAUAUUGGCAGGCCCACCUCCGAGCUGCGUGCAGUCUACCCCAAGGUGGACUUUCAGGAUCUAUCGGAGGUCUGGUGGUACGUGCCACAGGAGUGUCGUCAGGGCAUCACUGUGGAGGAGUCACGACGGCUCUUCACGCAAGAAGGCCGUCGAGAGUCCCGGAAAGACUUUGAGCGGCGAGUGGAUGACUUUGUGUCCUGGCUCAGCCAGCGGCCAGAGAAGGUCAUCGCAAUCUUUGCCCACGCGGACUUCUUCAACUGUUUUCUGCACAGAUACUUUGGCGAAACAGAGGCCAAAUACCAGGAUUACUGGAUGAAGAACUGCGAGCUGCUACAGUUGCCGCUCCAGAAGCCCUUGAUGCCCAUCCUCCAUCCCUCCUUACCGGACGCCGCGAUCGCGGCGCCUCGGGAGGCGGAUGUCCCAGUGGCCUUGACCCCGAGCCGUGCCGCUCAAGCACUGGAGACGUUGCGCCAGGAUUUGGCACAACAACGACCCGAGCUAACGCCCAAAGAGCUCAAGAGCUUAGCCGCCCAACAGUGGAAAGCCUUGAGCCUUCAGGCCCGCUCUGAACUCAUACAGCAAGUGGUCCUAUAG